CAAAACAAUAUGAACUUUCCCACUCUCCAAUGGUAUAAACUGAACGCAUAAUGAAUUUUUCCUCAACAUUUCUUCACGAAAACGGAUAUGGGUUUGGGAAUUAUGGAUCCGAACACCUGCAUCAGGGGCUGCUGCUCCAGCAAUUCGAUUCCUCUUCAUCUUCAACCUUCCGCAUUCACGCUGCUCUCUCCAAUUGCCCGAGGGGCCGAGAGUACUGUGUAUGAAGGAAGGUUGGAUGGUAGAAAAGUUGCUGUAAAGAAGCCUAUAUUGUCUACUUCUGAGGAAUUGGAUAAAUUUCACAAGGAGCUCCAGUUGCUGUGUGAAUUAGAUCAUCCAAGCAUAGUAAAACUGGUUGCAGCAAAUGCGAAGCCACCUAACUACAUGUUUUUCUUUGAAUACUACGAGUCUCCAAAUCUUGCGGAGAAAUUGCAUGUUGAAGAAUGGAAUCCAAGUAUCAAUCAGGUGCUUAUGAUCACUCUAGAGUUAGCAAAGGCUUUGCAGUAUUUGCACAACUUGGGGAUUGUACAUAGGGAUGUGAAACCAGCAAAUGUUCUUCUUGACGAAGAUUUGCAUCCAUACUUGGCUGAUUUUGGUUUAGCAAUACACCAGAAGUAUCUGAAAGAAGUUUCUGCUGAAAACUGGAAGUCAUCUGGCAAGCCAACAGGUGGUUUCUAUAAGAAAAGCAUGGUUGGGACACUCAUAUAUAUGGCACCUGAGAUAUUGAGGAAGGAAAUACAUACAGACCUAUCAGACGUCUAUAGUUUUGGCAUCCUAAUGAAUGAGCUUUUGACUGGUGUUGUUCCAUAUACUGAUCUUCGUACUGAAGCACAGGCCCACACUGUACUGGAAAUGAAUUAUACAGAGCAGAUGCUUACGGCAGCUAUUGUUUCAGAUGGCUUGCGGCCAGCCCUUCCUAGUGAUGAGUCAGGCACACCAUCUAGGUUGUUAUCACUUAUACAGUGGUGCUGGGAUGCAAAUCCUAAAAACAGACCAUCUUUUUCUGAUAUAGUUAUGGACUUGGAGUCAAUUUGGGAGAAUAGAAAGAGUCUAGAAUCUGUUUCUUCUGUACAACUUGAUUUGUGUGGUAGGCUUAGUGAUGCUAAUGAACAUGAUUGUGCGUAUCAAGAAGAAAUUAACUGGUCAAAUCAGGGAGAACGUUGUUCUCAAAAGUCUUCUGAUGCAGAUAGGUGUGGUUUGAAUGAGUGGCUUGAUUUCUCAACAGACCAAUUGGCGUACCGCCCAACACUUUCUUGGGGAUCAUUCUCCACCUGUGGGAUGAGGGAGACCAUGGAGGACUCUCAUUUCCUUUUGCCUCACUUCUGCAGUGAUGAGGACAUCCAUGCCUUUGGGAUCUUUGAUGGUCAUAGAGGUGCAGCAGCCGCUGAGUUUUCAGCUCAAGCAAUUCCUGGAUUCUUGCAAACAUCAUUUUCCACGAGAAGUCCUGCAGAUGCAUUAAUGGAAGCAUUUGUAAAAACAGACAUUGAGUUUAGAAAAGAGCUCGAGUUCUUCCGCAAAUCCAAGAAACUUAAACAGAAAGACUGGCAUCCUGGUUGCACUGCUGUUGUUGCUCUAAUUGUUAGAGACAAGCUUUUUGCUGCCAAUGCUGGUGAUUGCAGGGCAAUAUUGUGUCGGGCUGGGGAUCCCAUUGUUUUAAGUAAGGAUCAUGUCGCUAGUUGUCUUGAGGAGAGAGAGCGUGUCAUCAAUGCUGGAGGGCAGGUCAAGUGGCAAGUUGAUACAUGGAGGGUUGGUCCGGCUGCUCUUCAGCUUGGACAGGUAACUCGAUCAAUUGGCGACGAUGAUCUGAAGCCAGCUGUGACUGCGGAACCUGAGAUAACAGAAACUGUUUUGACAUCACAGGAUGAUUGCCUGGUUAUGGCUAGUGAUGGAUUGUGGGAUGUCCUUAGCAACUCUGAGGUAGUUGAUAUAAUAAGAGAUACCGUCAAAGAUCCCGGAAUGUGCUCAAAGCGACUCGCAACAGAAGCGGCAGCUCGGGGCAGCCGCGAUAACAUCACGGUAAUUGUUGUAUUUUUACAUCCAGUAUCUACAAUAGAGAGAAUUUAUUAAAUGGUGUAAUUGGGAUGCCUCUUCUACCUACCAUAAUGAAAAAGUUACAGCUACUUCUAACA